AUGUCAAAAUCCACCAUGAAAGCAGUUGUAUUCAAGGGGAAGCUGAAUGUAAGAAUCGAAGACCGGCCGAUACCCAAGAUAAUCGACGAUACCGAUAUCAUCGUCAAAGGCCACGAGACAACAGGAGAGGUGGUCGAACUUGGAUCCUCUGUAAAAAACCACAAAAAGGGUGACGUAGUGGUAAUGCCUUUCACGGUGUCAUGUGGCGAAUGUUUCUACUGUCAACGCGGAUUCUCCUCUCGUUGCGAAAAAAGUCUGCUUUUCGGUUGCCCGCUUUUGGAUGGUGGUCAGGCCGAAUUCAUGAGAGUUCCUCUGGCGGACGCCACGGCUGUGAAGGCGCCUGAGGGAAUUGAAGAGAAGAAGUUGGUGCUAAUGGCUGAUAUUUUUCCUACCGGAUAUUUUGCAGCGGCGAACGCGUUUAGGGAGUUUGAUGAGGACACAAUCAAACAGAGCGUGGUUGUACUUAUUGGAUGUGGACCGGUUGGGUUGUGUGCCUUGAUCAAUGCUUUGGAGUAUGGGCCCAAGGCCGUAAUCGCUGUUGACCGUGUAGAUAGUCGAUUGGAGUUGGCGAAAAAGUUAGGAGCCGAACCAUUCAAUGACCAAACGAACAAAGAAGGCCUCGAGGCGAGAGUGAAGGAACUUACCGAUGGGAGAGGCGCCGAUACCAUUAUUGAAGGUGUUGGUCAUGCGGAUGCUUUGAAGACUGGCUUUGAUCUCCUCAGGCCAUGGGGUAAUAUCUCAAGUUUCGGUGUCCAUAAUGAGGCUAUCCCUUGGUCGGGAAAUCAAGCAUACGGCAAGAAUCUAAGAAUCCAAAUGGGCCGAUGUCCUGUUCGAAGUACACAUCUGUGCGAUUGCAUUAAGGCUUUGCUAACCAAAGCAGGUAUUUUCCCCGAAGCGUUGGAAAUGCUAAAGAAGAAGCAGCAUCUGCUAGAUUUCAUGACGGAGAAAAUCAUGCCAAUGAGCCAAGCUGUUGAGGGAUAUGAAAUAUUCAAUAGCAUGAAGGUGCAAAAGGUUAUCUUUGAAGCAGAGCAUAAUUGA